AAAUGAUCAAGCAAGAAAAGGCUGUCUUCCAACAAAAGAAGCUAACCUCAAUCUUAGCAGAAGAUGAACUCAUCAGGAUCGAGGAGGCAUUCAACAUGUUUAUUAGUGAUCCAGACUCUGAUACUGUCAGACCAGCUGAUAUAGUCAAUGCUAUGAAGAAAGUAGUAGGUCGAGAGGGUGGAAUAAUGAAAAGUAUGAUAGAACUAUUUGAGUCUAUAAAUACUCCAGAGCAUAACCAAACUGGCAUUACUUUUGGUUAUUUUAUUGAUUUUCUCAUACAGAGAUACAACUCUACUGAGAAAGAAGCUGUUCGCAAAUAAAUUUGAAUUAUUCGAUGUCCACAACAAAGGAUAUAUUGAGCUUGAUACUCUAAUCAAUAUUUCAGAAGAACUUGGGAAUGGCAUGCUUAAAGAAGAAGCUUUAGCAAUGUUCGAUCGUGCCUCGAGUGACAAAGAGAAGAUUACUUUUGAAGAUUUCUAUUUUACGAUGACCCAGUUUGAAAACCGUAAUAGAGACAAAUCAGAUCUUAGUCCAACAUUGCCCCAGAACGAAACAUCAUUUAGUAAUAUUUUAUAG